GCAGAAGCCAGUGUUUACUUCCCCAUCAGGUCCCAGGGGGAUCUGCACACAGGCCCCUCACAGCUUCUGCAGCAGCCACCCACAGAGGACUCUGGUUCUAGGGAUGUCCAGUGACACUGGAGAAGACACCAUGGCGAAGGAUGCUGCUUCCUCCGAUAGGGAACUCAUUGAAAAUGGCAUGGCAGAAAUAAACUUGCACGCGGUAGAGUCCAUCAGUGACCUGCAUUAUGCAUCCGGCGGACGUGAAAGCACCAGGGUCUCAGAAGGGGGCAGCCCAUCUCAGCCCAACAGCCCAUGGACUCCUCACAGCACGUCCUCCAAACAUUUCACUUUCCCAAACGAAGAGGACACGUCCUUUCUACCCGUCCAGAAUCUCCAUCUCCUCCCUGCGUUCACCUGCUGCCCUUGCUUCGGUCCGACAUGUUGCCCUGCAAGCUUCUUUGCUCUCCUCGGGGUGCUCGUAGUGGCCAGCCUUGGUCUGGCCACACUGGCCGUGUAUCUGAGUGUCUUGCAGCGUGAGUCACUGCGUGUCCUUGCCCAGUGGCUGGAGUCCCAGGAGGAGGCCAUCCGAGAAAUGAGAGCUGUGAGCCUACAGCUAUGGAGGCAGCUAAAUGCCAGCGAUUCAGGAUUUCAAACCUGAGAGAGUCCUACCUUUCAACCCCCCGCAAACUUUUUCUUUGGGGAGCCGGAUGGGAAAAUUGACUCACUGCUUGGCACGUUGAGGACGGACAUGUGUUGGUCUAGACUAUGCAAGCCUUUAAGCAACCUCCCCCAACUCACUGGUGGGGUGCUGCCAAGGUUGAUGUGCCCUAUGGGCAGCACUGGCUGCAGGACUGGAAUCUGCCUGAAGAGAGGGACAGACAGGAAGAUACUGAUGCAGAGGGCCUUUCCUCAGCACCUCAGAUACACUUUUGCUUUUAUUUGAGAACUAUUUUCAGCACCGUAUUUGCACUAUGCUGCUCUACUUUAUACCCACCUGUUAAUCGUCGCCCAUGGGGCACCUUUGCAGAGAUGUUUUAAUAAAUGACGAUGAAACUCA